AUGCUAUUCGAGAGCCUCCACCGGCUUGGAAGUAAAGCUGAUCGCGUGUUAAUGUACCCCUCUGAGUGGUACGUUUCUGAAGAAGGUGGUUCAAGGGAAAGCUGUAUGCUUCGCUAUGCACGGAACCAUUAUGGGGUCAAGCUCAAGCCAAUCGAGAUACAAAUAAAUUCUGGGAGUGAUGUAACGUGGUCAAAGAGCUGCACAAAGCUGCUCGCCUUUAACCAAACAGAGUACGACCGGGUUCUUAACUUGGAUUCAGAUGCAACCAUUCUGCAGACCAUGGACGAGUUAUUCCUAGCGCCCUCCAGCCCUGUCGCCAUGCCCUUAGCUUACUGGACAGAUCCGGAAAAGCGAAUUUUCACCUCUGCGGUCAUUCUCAUUCAACCUUCUGCAGCUGCCUUUGAUCGCACGAUGAAUGCAAUUUCUACCGCCAACUCUAGCACCUUUGACAUGGAGAUUAUGAACAACAUGUAUAAAGAUACUACACUUACUAUCCCGCAUCGGCCGUAUAUUCUUCUGACUGGGGAAUUCCGCUCCAAUAAGCACGAGGCAUAUCUAGGGAAUUCAGGCGAAACGUGGGAUGCCGAAAAGGUCUUUAAAGAGGCUAAAUAUUUGCACUUUUCCGAUUGGCCUGUUCCUAAGCCAUGGAUUAAAGCUCUCCCUGAUGUGGUCGAAGAUUCGCAGCCUCAAUGCGAGUUGAACCCGGCAACUGGUUAUAAGGAUGACUGCCGCGUCAAAAACCUUUGGUUGGGAGUUUAUGAGGACUUUAAGGUCAGACGAGAGGUAUUUCAAGAUCCUCCUUAUACAUAUUAA